CUGCCCCUCCCGCCGGGCCGGGCCCCGCUCCCCCGGCGGCUCUGCCUCCCGGGCGGCGGCCGCGGGGACGGAUCGAGCCGGGGGCGGCGGUUGCCGUCGGUCGCCCCCGCCGCCGGGCGAGGGCACGGCCGGCCCAGUGACGGCCCCCGCGUGAUAGCGGGCGGGGAUUUAUGCGGCUCCCCCAGGCGCGGGUGUCCCCUUUCCUGUCCCCCGUCGGCGUCCGGGCGCCGCGGCCGCUCGUCCUUGAGGAGCCGCCUGUCGCCGGGCUCAGCGCGGAGACCCAGCGGCGGCUGUGCCCGCACCGCGGGGCUCUGCUCGGCUCAGGCAGCAGAUGAACGAGGUGCUGCUGCUCCCCGGGCCGCCCGCUUCACCGAUUCUGCUUUUCCCCCCUUCCUAGGAAUCGCUCUGUUCUCCUGAGAACAACCGCAAGAACUCUGAUCAAUGCUCUCGGAACAUGUCUAAUUGGACAAGUCUGUGGUAUAUCUGGUUAAUCUUGCUGACCGUGUUCCUGCUCUUGCUCUGUGGGAUCACAGCAAGCUGCAUCAAAUUCUGCUGCCGGAAGAAGAGGCCUCCAGUUGAGACCUUCUCUAGGCACCCUUACGAUUUGACAGCUAUUGCUAUCGACAGUGACAGCACUGCCCACAGCACCGUCACCUCAUAUAGCUCAUGGCAGUACCCUCUAACUGCCCCUGUUCAUUCAAUAUUUGUGGAUAUGGAUAAGAACACUGUGUCCCCUCCAGCUUACACUCUCUACGCAAUGGAGUUGCCACCUUCUUAUGAUGAAGCUGUCCAAAUGGGAAAACAAUACAAUGAAGUAGCACGGAUAAGCCAGAAACUCAAUGACAUCCCUGGAGAGGUGACACCAGGUGGGCUGAGUCCUGUCCAGUAUUCACCUGAUACGAUCAACAGAGAUCCAGCAACACAGGCAAAUUCAGGAAAUCCAGAAGAUGCAACACAAGAAGAGCCACGGCUCUGACUCCUUUCAGAUGGGGAUUAAAGGAAGGGAAGGACAGUCAGAGUUAAAGACGACGUGAAGAGUUUGGUUUUAUAGGCAGGUUAUGAUGGAAAGAUGUUUCCUCUCAUGCCCUCGUGAUGAUCUGUCAGUCAGAAGAAAUGUUUUCUGUGACUGCUGUAAUCUCCUGGUAAAGCUUCUUCAAGGAUGUGAAGUGAAGUAAAAGGGCAGCAGUUUAAAAAUGCCUAUAAAAGUGGGAUAUGAAUACUUGUUCGUCUUCUGAUUAAAAAAAAAAUAAAAAAAUUCCUUGUGUCCAGCAUAUGGCAAUAAAAAAGGUCAGGGGAAUUUUGCCGUCUUGGGAACACACACGAAGAGUCAGACCAGUACAAACAGCAAGUUGUUGUUCUGGAACAGAAGCUUCCCAAACUGGAAUCGAAAGGGGAAUUCUUGCAAGUCACACUGAACGGCCGCUGAAGCUUCUCUUCUUCUGAGAUCUUUUGCUGGAGUGCACAUUGCUACAGAACAGCACAUGUUCCUGAAACUGCAGGAAGACGGCAAACAAGGAUGGGAAAGUGUGGAAGGAAAUGCAUUAAGUGAUGUUUCACAACUAGAGACAAGGAAUCAGACAGAUAAGAAAAGAUACGUAUUUUUUUGUUGGUCAGGAAGGGAUUGUUUUUUUUGAAGUUUUUUAGAUCUUUAAACUUCUGUUUUCAAGAUGAGCUGGCUCGUGGGUGUGAUCUUUUUAUUGCUUAUUUUUGCCAGUUAAAGUACAAAUUAGUCUCGGAGACACUUGCACGCAGGGUUAAGUAUUACUAAUGUGUUUCAAAUAUUCAUCAAAUAUUUCAAAGAUGCCUUUAUACUUUGUUAUCUGCUCCAGUGUCAGGGUCUCAGUCAGUACAGAAAAGAAAACAUCAAAGAUUCCUGGCAGCUUUGGCCAGUUUAGUACGUAGACGCACUCAGCAAUGUGCAGGAUGAAACAAAGCGUGCUCUAGCUGUGCCAUCUAGGAUAAGCUAUAAAUACAAAAUACCAUAGAACAGGCUGGGUAAAAGUGCAAAGAAAUUACUCUUUAGGGAUGAUUCUUCCUGAAGUACUGAUAACAAAGAUGACUGCUAUGCAUCUUUUUAAUACUGGGAGCUUGGAGCUGAUCACAGUGGUCUCGGCCCAGACAAAAACAUGGGCUCUGAGAGGCCUUUUUUUAAAUGACAGCUCUUUCCCUUUCUUGCCCCUCCCAUAUUCCAAAUUGUAUGAUUUUUUUCCACUCCUGAGUAGCGAUUUUUUUUUAAUCCACUUUAGCAAGGUGCUAAUUUGGCCGCCUUUAAGAGAGCGAUCUGCGGGAUUGUUCAUUGCUAUGGGAUUAUCUAUGGCAUAAGAGCAGGAAUGAAAGCAUGUGCACGAGGCGCUAUUAACAAAUGUGACGUGACGGUCUUCAUUUCUGCUGAAGCUGCUCUGGUAGCCAUGAAGAGGGGCUACCUGCUGCAAAUAUUUAGGAGUCUGUCAUUAAUAAGCAGUAGAAGUGGUGGGCACAAAAUAUUGCACAGCUUUUAGAAGAUUAUUCUCUGACAACCGUUACUGCAAGACCUACCCUGGAAAUGAGCACCAAUGAUUUAAAAAUGAAGAUCUCUCUGCCAGCCAACAGGACUGAGCCUAGAAUCUCUGUUACACGUUCAUGGUGUGUGAGCUGUUCAUGAGUCCGGCUCCCUAGAGAAGUGUUAGUUCUAUAUUUAACUUGCGUAUAGCUUACUAUGCGGGUUGCAGGGAAAGAUUGGUUUAAUAAAUCUGCUUCUCUUCUCUCUC